AUGAUUUCAGCAGUGAAACGUGCUUCCGCUCGUGUAGCCGCUAAAAGAUUGGAGCUUACAGAUAUAUUAUCGUCUGAAUCCGAGGCAGAGUAUGAAAACGAAGCUGAAGCUGACGAAGAAGUUGAUGAUGAUGAAGAUGAUGAUCAAGACUCAGAGAAUGACUUUGACAAGUCAGAUCCACAGAUUAGUCAUCCACCCCAGUCUCAAAAUGCAGCCCAUGUGCUGAAAAGAAGACGUAUCCAGUCAAAUGAUGAAUUUCUCGAAAACCCGCUAUAUAAGGCACUCUCGUCGGUCGACGCAGAUGUGUCGGAUUUGGCUCUAGAAUGGAUUGAAAGCUAUGCAGAUGAUGUGCUUCUGGAUGAGUCCAAUGCAAUCACAGACUUGUUCAAUCUCGUGUUACGAUGCUGUGGAUGUGUUCAUCUAACAAAGAAUCACGACAUGAUCAACGCAGACUCGGCACCAGCAACGGUGGCUGAACUUGGUGUUUUGUUUGAGAAGCAGCGUUACCAUGAAUAUCCGUUCGUUUCCACGAAUAAGGCCAUCAAAUUCUUUAGAAGAAAUGUGCUGGAAUUCUUCGAGUCACUUGUAUUGGUCUCUCAUGAGAAAGGAAUGUUGUACACGGAUGUUAGUGAGUCGACUUCAUCAUCCUUGUCUUCUUCCAUGAUGAACGAUAUUUUAGCAUGGUUGACUGCAUUAUGCUCCAGCAACGUAAGGCCAUUCCGUUACGUGUCGACGUCGAUUCUAAUGGUGAUACAGACUACACUAUGUGAACAAUCUGUGAGUCUCAUGGUUUCUUUGGAGAAACAGCAGCGUCAAUUGGAUAUCGCCAAGAACAAAAAGGUUCGCAAUCAUAGCGCUCAACAGCGUAAAAUAGAAAUCAUUUCGGAGUCGAUAGAUAGGUUCAAUCGCCAAUAUGAUACUCUUGCUGAGUAUUUGGGCGAUAUCUUUGUCAAUGUGUUUGUUCGCCGAUUCAGAGACAUCGAUAGUGGUAUUCGAUUAGAAUGUGUUAAGGCUCUUGGCCUGUGGAUGACUGUCCACGAGGAGUACUUUCUUCAGGCAAAGUACUUGCGUUAUCUUGGAUGGUUACUCUCGGAUCCGAAUGAGCAUGUUAGAGAGGAAGUAACAAAGAGUCUACACAAGCUAUACAAGCAUGUCACCAGCAGGAGUGAAACCAUGAAUAUAGGUUUCAGGCAGUUUACAGAGAGAUUCAAGAAGCAGUUUAUCAACAUGAUUUGGAGAGAAACACACGCUAAUACCAAGCUCCAGCUCUUUGGCAUCUACAACGAGAUUUACAAGUUAGGAUAUUUUGGGGAUCAAGAGAUUAUUGAAAUCGGGCUGUAUGGCUUCUACUUGGUGGAGUCUUCCUCCAAACAAGAGAAAGUUAAAUCAGAAUGGGGGAAGCUAGUAUCACUCAUUUGCCUCGAUAAAACUACGAAGGAUUUGGAAAGGUAUUCAGUUUUCCUAAGUACUCAUACUUCGUCAAUGUUUGGAGACGAUGAAAAUCAACUCCAGAUUGACCAAUGUCUCAGAUUCAAAAACCUUGCGAAGUAUCUCCAGGAGUCAUACUCUCAUUUCGUCGAAUCUAAACGGCCCAGCAUUUCGAUCCUGUCUCAAAACUUGCAGUUUCACGAAAUGGUUGCACAACUUUUCAGCUCGAUGUACCCUCUUUCAGAUGUACUGGGCAGCUGGAUCCUCUUGAUACGUUACGUGUUAUGUGAUGUCUCGUCAGCCAAAUUCGAGAACGAAGAUUCCCCUGAGAACGUAUUUACUCAGGAAGAUGAGUUGAAAGAAAGACUCGAGAUAAAUUCCAACUCUGAACGCUUGAUAUUAUUAAGUUUUAUUUUGGGAGCGUUUACACAUAUUGGAUUUAAGAAACAGUCGAGAAGAUCUGAAGAUGAAAUCAGUCAAGACAACAUAACUGUGGCGUUACCAAUGUUGUCACAAUACUUAAACGAGCUUGAAAAGUACCUGAGUAAAGCUCCCGAUCUCUAUGUUGUGUUCAUGCAUCUCUGGGUGAUCAUUUUAGUGCCCCUUUCCCAGUCGUUUGGAAAUAUGCAUAAUAGAGAAGGCAACCUUGAUGAGUAUAAUCUGAUACAUGGAAGAAUCUUAGAGUUCUAUGCUGAUGUUGAGGACUUCGACGAUAGCUUGCUGAAAAUUUAUGAGCAAUACUUUGCUCUCAUGUUGAAGAACUUCAACUCUGAGGAUUCUAAUGAUCAUGGAAGGGAUUCCGAGGUCUUAUCCAGCACAGCAAUCACAGUGAAAGUCGAGGAUCUUCUCACUACUCUCACUGCAGAAGCUGUGAACUCAUUUAAUUCGAAGGAUUUGAUCGAUGAUUUUAAUGGCGAUGACAUCAAUACCAUAUUACCAGAAGAUCAGAAAAUGCUUUGCAACAAAAUUCUUAAGUCUUCAAAUGCGUUGCAGAAGUUGGGACUAAUAGCAAAGAUGAUCAACAUCAACAAAUACAUUACCGAACCAAUACUCGACUUCGAAAGCAGCUUGUUGGAUUUCAUUGCUACCAAGUUUCUUUCAAAAAUUGAUUUUCGUUCGCUCAUUGAGUUGUGGCCAAAUAAUUACUUGAAGAUCCUGUCCUCCAUGGAAUCAGCGUGGAAAGCAGUUCUUGACGUUGUUUUGAUUUCUUUGUGCUGGAAACUUGAAGACCUUGUCUUUGCCUCAAACGACCUGUCUGCUCUGCAGAUCAGCAUUGAUGUGUUUUUGGAUGAUUUUGACGUGCUUUUAAAAUCGUUGGCUUUACUUUUCGAAUCUGUUCAGCUAUCUUACAAGAAUCUCAAUGAAAAUAGUGCAGAUUCAAGUGGCCCAAUGCGGCACCUAGUGGAGAAGCUUGUGAAUCUCUCAAAAUUGAUAGGCAAUCAGUUGAUUGAUGCAAUGCUGUCCUUGAGGUUUUUUUACCAAAGAUUGAGAGGAGGAAAUAGUUUCCGGAAUUUCGACACGUUCUUUUCUGACAUGGAUGGUGUUGGUCAGUAUGUUCAAGGCACUGUUCCUCGAAAACUUCAAGAUUCGUUUUUGAAUGUUUUCCUCAUUGAGGAGGCGCAAGUUGCUAAGCUACUUUCAGAACCUUUAGAGAGAGGGGAAAAUGAGGAUGUCAACCUAGAAGACUUUUGCUUUUUGGAGCCAGUGGUAGUUGAAGUUCCAGUGCAUGUUGAGCCUACGGAAUUCGGUGGUAGUGAUGACGAGGAGGAUGACUUGCUUGGCACGAUUGAUCCAAGGGUUGAAGAACAAGCGCGUGAAGCAGAGCAAGUGGCCAAACUGGAGAAUAAAAGAAAGCAGGUAUUAUGGGAUGCAGAAAAAUCCUUGUACGUAUACGUUGUCAAAUUAUUGAGUUUGGCUAACACUGGUGGCUUCGCAGCUGAUAUUCUUCAGAGAAUGGAGCUCAACGCUGACAUAUUAGGCGACUUUUACAAGAAGAUUUUGGAGGGAGGAAAGAAAUCAAAUCAGCAAGAAGAUAUUGAUCACUUGGUAACUUCUCAAGUUGAUAUUAUGGUAGAAAAUUGA